UAGUUAUAGGUAGCGGCUUUGGUCUUUAGGGUUUAUCUUCCCUCCAAAGCCCUAGGAAAAUGGGGAGGGCAUUUUGUGUCCUGGGCGAGUUUGAGCCCUUUGGCCGGCGAGCGGAGGCGGCAGUCGGCGCAGCAGCUGGAUCGAAUGACAGCUACUUCUUGUUCGAUCCUGGCGUCGCCAGAGCGCGCGGGGAUGGGGUGGAACAGGCGGUCGUCUCUGGCUGCGGCAAUCAUUACGAGGAGGAAAUCUUCAUCCGCGACAAUGUUGUUGUAUGGAGUGCUGGGCAUCAUGUUCGAAAACGUUUUUCUGCAUCUUCGACCGUCUUAAAGGCAUGCUGGUGUAGCAUGGAGUCCACACCGGAACCCCUUCUUUGCAUCUUGCACUCGAACUCACUGUCGACAUACACCCCUUCCGGUGAAUUCAACUCGGUCCCGUUUUCCUCUGCAAUGUCUUCUAUGUGGCCAAUGCCUUCCGGUCUACUUUUGCAGCGUGCGGCUGAAGCUGUGCCAUACUCUGUUUCCCCGGCUGCCGAAACCAGUGGUUCUGUCUACUUCACCUUGCAACACAACUUGGAAGAGCCUGAGGCAUUAUGUGUUGAAGUUUCGGGGAGAAUUCAGUCGCUGGUGGACUCAGAUGAGCAAAUAAUCUGGACUAGUGGACGUUUACCAUAUGCUGUGUCGUAUCACUCAGGUCGCAAACAGCACACUGUGUGGGAAGUCAAAUCCACCAAUUCUCGUCUUGAACAAGGUCGGACACUAGAGCGAUCCAACUCUAUGUACCUGCUGCAAUGUUGGCGGGAGCAAGGCAGCAAUCCUCAAGCAGCGCAGGUGUUCAUCGCCACAGAUGAUGAUAGGGAGCCUUUGGUUUGCUUUGUUAUCAAGGAUGCCAAAAGACUCUUUGCAAUAAAACUUUCUCGGGCACCAGAACCCGCAGCGGAUGUCGCAUGGAGUAUUUCGGCAGUCUCUGCCGUUCCAAUCGUUGCCAGUCAACCAACAUUGAGAAGGGGUCUGCCGCGUUUAGAUAUGCUGGUUCUGGCACCAGACGGGAACGUCUUUCUGUAUACCGGGCGGUAUCCAUUGUGUACAUACGUCCUACCCGCCUCAGUCCUCCAGCAAACAGGACAACAUCGCGUCGAGAAGCUUCUUGAUUCUGUCAACACCCGUGCCAACGUUCUGACUUCUUCUGGCAAGAUUUAUCGAUGCAUUGUGGAGUUAAUCCCAUCAUCAGGAAUCACGAGGUCUUGUUUGCUUGCGCUUUCAGAAGGAUUAAGGCCUUCGUUUUACCGGUUCGUUUUGGGAUCCUUGAUGGAAUUCAAGCCCGGCCAACUAAACAAAACGGAUAGCUCUUUUGACAAAGACUGGUCUGCCUUUUCCGGGAUCAUGAUGCAGUGGACGGGUGAGAGGAGAUCGGAUUCGUAUAAGCAUCGCUCUCUUUCCAGUUGGGAGUUUUUAUUGCAAAGCAACAGGCACAGAAAUGGAUCACAUCCAUAUCCAAGUCGAAGGUACGAGCUAUGUCCAACUCACAACAGCAAGAAUGAACGAUCAGGCUACUCCUCGAUGCUGCUAGAGGUUUUAGAGACGCUUCACUUGGUUUAUGAAGAUUUUAAGCUGGAUGUCUUGCGAUGGGGGGAAAUGUGGAAACUGGGAGUUCUUCUCAACAGUAUCGCGGUGGCAGUUGAAGAGUACGACUAUGCUGAUCAUUAUGUUCGAGACUUUCCAACGGUAGUAACAUCACGGGUGAUGUCAAACGUAUCUUCCAGAUCAAGCGGUCUCAUCAUUAAUCAUUUUACCUGGAUUGAGAACCUUCUGCGAAAGAAACAUGCUACCAGUCGCUUGCCGGCACUCCUUACUAAAGAAGACGGUUCUCUUGACUGGUCACGGAAAGUAUUGGGAUUCUUCGAAGUUCUUUUAGGAUCUGGGAACCGUGACAAGCUUUUAUCUGGCAUCUGCAUAAAGUUUGCACCAGGAACUGCAACAAAUGCAGAGCAGAUGACGGUGUUGGCCAUGGUUGGAGAACGCUUUGGAUUAUCUCAUCUGGAUCGGCUGCCUUGUGGUCUUUCGCUCCCACUACGCCAUGCUCUUAACAGUUGUCGGGAAUCUCCACCAGCAGAUUGGCCGCCUGAUGCCUAUAUACUUCUGGGCCGUGAGGAUUUAGCCUACAUGUCUGCAAGUCGUAAGUCGGGUGCGAAAGACGUGACUAUGGCAGCACAAUACAUGUUGCAUCUUCGUCCAACUCUUCCCUUUACUGAACGCGAGCCAAUUCCAUCAGAUACACCUCCAAUGGAGGGACAAGCUAGUGACGGGAUGGAACAUAUUUUCACCCCAUCGGCUACAUUGAGAUUUGGUUCUGACUUACGAUUGAAUGAGGUUCGACGGGUUCUUUGUUCAUCAAAGCCUGUUGCUGUGAGGACCGCCAAUGCACCUGACGUGAGUGAUCCGGAUCUUGUUGCUCAACAGCAGGCACAGCUGUGGCAGCUGGCUCAACGUACAACUGCCCUUCCAUUCGGACGUGGUGCUUUUACACUCUCCACCUUGCGUCCUUUGCUGACCGAGGCCCUUCCAAUUCCUAAACUGGUUUUAGCUGGACGUCUUCCUUCACAGCACGACGCAACUGUCAAUCUGGACGUAAAUGCGGGGAACGUCUCCGAGUUCACUUCGUGGCCAGAGUUUCAUAAUGGUGUUGCUGCUGGGCUACGGCUGGCACCCGGUCAGGCUAAAAUUACUCGUACAUGGAUCGUAUACAACAAACCGGAUGAGCCUAGCUACGAGCAUGCUGGAUUUCUCAUGUCCCUGGGGCUUCAUAAGCACUUGGCAGUCUUAGCUGCUACUGAUGUGUUCAGAUAUUUGGCCCAGGAGCAUGACCCCACAACUGUUGGUAUUCUUCUUGGAAUGGCAGCUGCACAUAGAGGGACCAUGGAUCCAGCCAUGUCAAAGAUGCUUUAUCUUCACAUUCCUGCGCGCCACCCACCAUCGUUUCCAGAGCUGGAAUUAUCUUCUUUGCUACAGUCGGCGGCACUUAUGGCAGUAGGCCUGCUUUAUCAAGGAUCAGCCCAUCGCCUCACGACAGAAAUUUUACUGGCGGAGAUUGGCCGUAAACCUGGUAGUGACAGUUCUUUAGACCGUGAGGGCUAUGCACUUGCUGCUGGUGUGGCCCUUGGUCUAGUUACUUUAGGCAGAGGAAAGGAUGCUUGGGGUCUUGCCGACUUGCAAAUUGAAGAUCGAUUGCGCCAUUAUAUGUGUGGUGGUAGUGAACCGUCCGAUGAAUACCGUCGAAGGUUUGAUGGGGCUAGCGGCUUCUCAUCCGUUUCCAAGAGCUUUGAUGACCAGAAUCAGACUGGUGGCCAGGUCAUGGAAGGGUCCAUUGUAAAUUUGGACGUGACUGCACCCGGGGCAACGCUUGCUCUUGCUCUCAUGUUCAUGAAGACAAACGAUCACGUUGUAGCUGCAAGACUUGCCAUACCCGAUACACAUUUUGCACUCGAGUAUGUCAGACCAGAUUUUAUCCUUCUUCGGCUGAUUGCUCGUAGCUUAAUUUUAUGGGACAGUGUGCAAGCCACAGAGGAGUGGAUUCAGUCUCAAGUGCCCGAUAUUAUACGCCAGGCUGUCGUCCAGGCCAAGGGUAGCGACGCCGGUGCAGACGUCACUCCUGAUUUAGACAUGGAAGCACUUACCCAAGCGCACGUAAAUAUUCUUGCUGGGGCGUGCCUGUCUAUUGGUCUCCGCUAUGCUGGUACGGCUAAUGCUGAAGCACAAACGCUGCUACAGCACUACGCUUUGUAUUUCAUGAAAGAGAAAUCUCAAGCUGCUUCUGGGACCUCCCCAAACGACCGACGUGUAGACAGAGGGACGCUGGAAACAUGUCUCGAUGUGGCUGUUCUGUCUUUGAGUGUGGUUAUGGCUGGUACCGGACAUCUGGAGACCCUCAGGCUUUUGCGCUACCUUCGACAAAGAAACGACACAGAUAUUGUCUAUGGGAACCAUAUGGCAGUAAGUUUGGCAAUAGGAUUUUUGUUUCUUGGAGGAGGCUCCCUUACAUUCUCAACCAGCAAUGGCGCUGUCGCUGCACUACUCAUAUCCUUGUAUCCCAGAUUUCCAACCUCGCCUAAUGAUCAUCGCUGUCAUCUUCAAGCGUUUCGUCACCUGUACGUUCUUGCGACGGAAGCGCGAUGUGUGCAGACAAUGGAUGUGGAUACCGGCUUAUUAGUAUAUGCACCCCUUGAGAUGACGCUACAUGAGACGAGCUUGCACUGCGAGACCACAUUCAGCAGAGUCUCUCCUUGCAUACUUCCCGAACGCUCUGCUUUGAAGCGAGUUCGCGUUUGCGGACCGCGGUAUUGGUCUCAAGAUAUGCAAUUUUUGCUUUCAGAAACUAAGCCGUGGUGGGAACAUGGAGAAACGGGGGAUCCUUUCAACGGAGGCGUUUUGUAUGUCAAACGAAAAGUCGGGGCGCGCUCGUAUGCAGAUGAUCCCAUUGGCUCUCGUUCUCUUCUUUCGCGAGCUUUACAGCGGGUCUUGGUAGACGAGAAUGCGGAUUUUACCAUCCGGGACCAGUCGAAGGUUGAUGAGCUUGUGGGUGCUUUCUCUUCUGAUCCAAGUUUACUAGCCUUUGCGCAUCUUUUCUGCAGUAGCAGUUUCCGCGGUGAAUUUCAAGACUUCUGCCUACUGGCUUUGUUCGAGUGCGUGAGCAUGGAUAAGCCCGCGUUGUUGCAGACAUACAUUGGGCUGUACACGUCCGUGGAAGCUCUAAUUAACCGAGUCACAGGGCGGGGGAACUGUUCCGAAAGCUUGUUCUACGCCCUGUCUUGCUGUGUGUCUUUAGCAUACUGCGGGGCAGCAGGUCAUGACCCUGCGUUACAAGGGCCAUCACUCAUACAGCGAACGUUUCUCGUGUCACUGGCGAAGCGGAUGGACGAUAUCUUAACCCAUUGGAAAUGUAGGCGAUUCGAGGACCGUGAGCAACUUGGACCGCCACCUGAGUUGGUUUCUUACUUGAGUUCACACACCUGGCCCAGGGAGUCAGCGAGCAGCGAGGACAUACAGAGGCUCAUGUUUGCUUGUUACGUUAGCUGGGAGGGAGUUCCCCAGCCAGCUCUGGUGACCAAAGCGUUGCUAGAGAUACAGCAAUCCAUACCGGAUUGGUCCAAGCAAGACAGAAACUCCUUGCUUCCAAUGCUGGCAUCUUUGCUACCUGGUACACCUCCGAGAACAUUACUUCAAAUCACUUAUUGUCUGCCGUUGCUGUAAACAAAGCGCUGUUUAGCAAGAAAAAUAUCUGUGGCUCCUA